AUGUAUAUUGAAAACGCUCAUCGAAUCCGUGUAAAAAAUGUUAAUAAAUUCAAACAUGAAACAAAAACUCGUCCUGCGGUGCUAAUUGCUCGUUUUUACUCGUGUUGUACCUGCCGGGAGCUCUUAAAUGCAAAAUAUUUAUUGUAUGAUAUGGCCGAAACGCAUCCAUAUUCGCAAGUGUUAAUAACAGAAGACCACUCUCGUCAUAACGAGUUUUUAUUUUUCUAUGCUCGAGCAAAAUUACCAAGAAAUGAGCGUCAUCAUAUUUACUCGAAAAAUGGUCGUGUUUAUUACUAUGUUGAACACAAUCAGCGUAUCUUGCUGACAAAAUCAGCUGAUCUUGAUGUCAUACUAGCUGAACAUCCCAAACAAAACGUGUUCAGUGGAGAUGGAGCUGAAUUAGUAUAA